GUCCUCAUUCUGCAGAAGCUGUCUAGGGUUUUCUCCUUCAUCCGUUGGAAAUUGCAAAAAAUCUGUUUAUGUGAGAUGUUCCCUUCUUCUAAUUACACCUCCUCGGGCUCUUACCCUCGUUUCCCUUCUUCGUCUUCUUCUGCUUCGCCCUACCCUUCUUUCACUUUCCUUCACCCUGAAAAUUCUUCUGCCAGCACCACCUUUCUCCAUGAUCCACUUUCUGUUACCUUCAUACCGACUAAUUAUCAUGCUCCGAUUCCUGAAACACUGGCCAAUUGGGCAGUUGCAGAUUGUGCCGCUGCGGCAAUGCUCAAUCAGGAUCUCGGUGGUGCCCUUUAUGGCAUCACCAAGAAACCUGCGAAGAAAACGGCCAAGAAAGACAGGCACAGCAAGAUUCACACUUCUCAGGGCUUGAGGGACCGGAGGGUGAGGCUGUCCAUUGAGAUCGCACGCAAGUUCUUCGAUCUUCAAGACAUGUUAGGGUUUGAUAAAGCCAGCAACACCCUUGACUGGCUCUUCACAAAGUCUAAGAAGGCGAUUAAGGAGCUAACUCGAAGCAAGCACAGUGCUGAUAGCUUCGAAUUCUCCUCGUCUUCGGAUGGUGAAGUGGUUUCUGUCAUCCACCAAGACCAACGACAGCAACAAGGGAUGGACUUUGAAGAGGGGAAGUUGAAAGAAGCUGCCUAUUGUGUUAAAGCAAAGAUGAAGGAAUCAAGGGAAAAAGCAAGGGCAAGAGCAAGAGAAAGGACUAGUUGCAAGAUACUGUGCAGUGGUGAAGGGAAGGUGCAAGAGUUGAAGAAAAAGAGCCCUGCAACUGAAAACCAUCAAAUCCUGAACCAAUUAAGGUCACCCCUUCAACUUCAUCCUCAAGAUGUAGAUGGAGGAGUGCCAAGAGAUGAUGACUUCAACGUUAUUGAGGAAUCCAUUGUCAUCAAGAGAAAGUUGAAACACUCUCUGAUGUCUUCCAUUCAUCACCAAAACGCUGUGAUCCCUAAGGAAGCAAGUGUGAACAACAGUGACUACCACUCCUUCCCCAAUUUGUCGCCAAAUUGGGAAGCUAAUAAUGAUGCCAAUGGACGCUCCACCUUUUGUGCGAUAGCCAGCAUGAAUCUAUCUGCAGGGCUUCAAAUUUUUGGAAAAUCUUGGGAGGAGUGCACCAAUCCUCAUCCUACCUAAUAUGUUAAAUUUCAGUAUUAUCCGAUGAUUGUCCCUAGUGUUUUGCAAGGAAUACCAUGAUCUUGGAGGAAUCUUUCUGUGUUUUCUACCAGUAACUUUUGUUGUCCUAUAUUUCUUUUCCAAAAU